GUUAAAAUUUCUCCCAAGUUUUGCCACAUUUUGAGGAAACUGAAAUUGGGAACGUCGGCUUUCAACCUUUAUUGAGUGUUAGAGUGCUGACACCGCCCCCUAGUGCCAGGUACCCACGACUGCGGCUGCUCCCUGCAGCCACCGCGGGGCUCCCUCUAGACCUGUUCAUCUCACCAGUGCUCACCAGGUACUGUGAAGAAUGACUUUACCUCAUGUCUCGUUCUGGCUGACCCCAGAUCUCAGUUGGGGGUGGAGGAGCCGAUGAAAUAACAGAUCAUUUGAAUAACAGUAUAUCCUUUCACCUUUUCAUUUCUUUUUCCAUUUUAAACUUGACAUACUUAGAAGCAAAAGGACAUUUUUACUUUCUCAGUUGUAUUUCAAACACAUGUCAUUUUAGCAGUUAAAUUUGUAUUACUUCAUCAGGUGUUGCAGUAACUUUCUUCUCUGCAUGUGUUGAAAUGGAGGUUUUUUGUCCACAUACAGAAUUUUUUUACAUGCUUUUAUUUGGGUAAAAUUUUCUGAACUGUGUUUCAGAUAUUUCGUUGUUCUGUAGGCUAUUUACUGUCAUGCUGUACAUUUUUUUUUCUUUUGAGACAGAGUUUCACUCUUUUUGCCCAGGCUGAAGUGCAAUGGCACAAUCUCGGCUCACUGCAACCUCCGCCCCCAGGGUUCAAGCGAUUCUCCUGCCUCAGCCUCCUGAGUAGCUGGGAUUACAGGCGCCCGCCACCAUGCCCGGCUAAUUUUUGUAUUUUUAGCAGAGACAGGCGUUUCACCAUGUUGGCCAGGCUGGUCUCGAACUCCUGACCUCAGGUGAUCCACCCGCCUCACUCUCCCAAAGUGCUAGGAUUACAGGCAUGAGCCACCGUGCAGGCCAUGCUGUACAUUUUUUAAAGUAAUGUUUUUAUUAUUUUAAAAUUAAUGUAUUCUCAUUGUAAAAAUAUUCUGGAAAUACAGUGAAACAUGAAAACAAGCCUUAAUUCCGCCAUCAAUAGGUAACUACUGUUAACAUCUCUAUUCCCUCCAGUUCUUCUAAUGUCUAUAUCUUUUUAUAUCGUUUUCAUGCUGAAUUUUGAAGUCUUCAAAGUACAUUUCUGCUUCCAUUUAUAAAUGUUAAAAGUCUGUCCUUGUUAAAUAUUACAAACAUAUUCUUAUUAGAAACUACUGUAUUAUUAGAAACUGCAAGGCAUGUUUGGGUAUAGAGGUAGGUAAUUUUGAACAUACCCGCCAAUUCAGGGUUAGUAUUGGACUCCUCUAUUAAAGCCGCAUUUGUGUCCCGUUGUACUGGAUGUAUAUCACACAGGAGCUCACACUCCAGCCUGAAGAUCUUCCAGGACUUCAUCCCCUAAUUCCACAAUCUUGACGCCUUGGCCUUUGACAAAUAUUUGAGCAUCGAAUGGACUUCUCAGAGGCCUCUCUGGCAGCCUAAGUGGGCCAUGGUGCAUGAUCCCAGGUGAGGGAGAGGACGGUCAGGGUCGGGGCAAAAGUGCAAGAGGCGAAAGGGACGCUAGGCAGGUUUGAAAUCUGAGCGAGUGGCAACCUGGCUUUUUCUUAUCUUACUUUUCGGUGGUUCCACCCAUUUGGGUGAACAAUCUGGAUUACCUCCUUGGCGGGCCAGGUUCCCAACAGGAGGCGGGCCUGAUGAAAGGCUGGUGGGCGUGUUCCCGCCCAAGGUCCGUGUUGGCCCGCGCGGUGGCUGGGAGGCCCUCCCCACGCCCAACUGCGGGUAUAAAGAGGCAAGCUGCGGACUCGGAGCAGCUCGGGGCUGCGCAGAGGGAAGGCUCGCCUAGUCGGUCCGCAUCCGUGUCGACCACCUGUCUGGACACCACGAAGAUGCCACCCGUUGUGGGCAAAAAGGCCAAGAAGGGCAUCCUAGAACGUUUAAAUGCUGGAGAGAUUGUGAUUGGAGAUGGAGGGUUUGUCUUUGCACUGGAGAAGAGGGGCUACGUAAAGGCAGGACCCUGGACUCCUGAAGCUGCUGUGGAGCACCCAGAAGCAGUUCGCCAGCUUCAUCGAGAGUUCCUCAGAGCUGGCUCAAACGUCAUGCAGACCUUCACCUUCUAUGCGAGUGAAGACAAGCUGGAGAACAGGGGCAACUAUGUCUUAGAGAAGAUAUCUGGGCAGAAAGUCAAUGAAGCUGCUUGCGACAUCGCCCGACAAGUGGCUGAUGAAGGAGAUGCUUUGGUAGCAGGAGGAGUGAGUCAGACACCUUCAUAUCUUAGCUGCAAGAGUGAAACUGAAGUCAAAAAAGUAUUUUUGCAACAGUUAGAGGUCUUUAUGAAGAAGAAUGUGGACUUCUUGAUUGCAGAGUAUUUUGAACACGUUGAAGAAGCUGUGUGGGCAGUUGAAACCUUGAUAGCAUCCGGUAAACCUGUGGCAGCAACCAUGUGCAUUGGCCCGGAAGGAGAUUUGCAUGGCGUGCCCCCCGGCGAGUGUGCAGUGCGCCUGGUGAAAGCAGGAGCAUCCAUCAUUGGUGUGAACUGCCACUUUGACCCCACCAUUAGCUUAAAAACAGUGAAGCUCAUGAAGGAGGGCUUGGAGGCUGCCCGACUGAAAGCUCACCUGAUGAGCCAGCCCUUGGCUUACCACACUCCUGACUGCAACAAGCAGGGGUUCAUCGAUCUCCCAGAAUUCCCGUUUGGACUGGAACCCAGAGUUGCCACCAGAUGGGAUAUUCAAAAAUACGCCAGAGAGGCCUACAACAUGGGGAUCAGGUACAUUGGCGGGUGCUGUGGAUUUGAGCCCUACCACAUAAGGGCAAUUGCAGAGGAGCUGGCCCCAGAAAGGGGCUUUUUGCCACCAGCUUCAGAAAAACAUGGCAGCUGGGGAAGUGCUUUGGACAUGCACACCAAACCCUGGGUUAGAGCAAGGGCCAGGAAGGAAUACUGGGAGAAUCUUCGGAUAGCCUCGGGCCGGCCAUACAACCCUUCAAUGUCAAAGCCAGAUGGCUGGGGAGUGACCAAAGGAACAGCCGAGCUGAUGCAGCAGAAAGAAGCCACAACUGAGCAGCAGCUGAAAGAGCUCUUUGAAAAACAAAAAUUCAAAUUACAGUAGCCUCAAUAGAAGCUAUUUUUGAUGAAUUUCUAGGUGUUUGGGCCACAGUUCCUACAAAUAUGGAAAAGAGGGUUAAAAAGCAGUGCUUUCAUGAAUGCCAUCCUAUAUAUAUUAUUGCUAUUACCUGGACAAAAUAGAAUUACAAAUAGCACUUGAUAAUUUUAAAGUAUGUUUUAGAAAUUUUCUUAGGAGCAAAAUAAGUACAAAGUAAAUCUUGAACAGGUUCACUAAGCACCCACCCUGUGUAAGGUAUUAUGGAAAUCACUUCAGCACAGGAAAAGUAAUUCAGAUGUUAAUGCCACUUGAAGAAGUUGGUAGGCUAGCAAAGAGGAUGAGACAUGAACUGUCAUAAAGGACUCAGCAACCAGCCAGGGACAGAUAAAGUGCUGUGGAAAGGGGCUUCCAAGUUCUUUUGAACAUGACCCUUAGUAACAAACACAAUUUAUAUAAUGACCCAGCAAAACACAUCACAUCUUACUGUUGAAAUUAAAUGUGUGAUCCAUCCUAGUAUUUUCUGUUCCAUUCCUUUUCAUUCUAUUUCAUUUAUAAAACAUGCUAGUUGAGACUUUUCAAAUGGAUUUUUAUGACCCACUACUGGGUUUGGAUCCACAGUUUGAAAAAUAUUGCUAUAGGACACUUCAGAUAAGGAGACCAUCCUGUUUAAGUUUAUUCUUAUAAGUAGAUCAGUCAUAUGAGACCUGAUCAAUAAAUAUCCAAUACCCAGAUUCCUGCUCUCUGAGUUCCAGAGUUCUUCUGUUUCCUGACCCACUUUUCUACCAGUAAAAGACAUAGACCAAUGGGGAGGAGGGAGGAGAGAUGGAUAUUUCAGCCCUCUCCAUCCUAGUCAACACUGGAUCCACCUAGUGCCUCUGGGCCAUAAGGCUGAGCAGAGUGAGCUUGUAUUGGUUGGUAGCUUUUAAAAAAUAUAAUAAGAAAAAAGUAGAGAGUCUCCCAACUCUAGCCCGGUUUCCUAGAUUGAGAACUAUGAUAUUUUUCUCUGAUAAUUUAAUAUCUACUCUCCUACAAAAGCUCAAGCCUGAAGAUACAAGACUAUUAGAAGAAACAUGACUACCCUCAGUGUAUUAGAAAAGAGGUCAUGCUGCUUUCUAAACAUUCUUGAAUUGUUUGAGCUGUUUUGAAAUUGUAAUUCUUUUCAGCUAUUAAAAAGAAGAGCAAUGAGACUA